CAAACAAACAAAGUCAUCCCCAUGAUCUAAUUCACUUUGCUGAUUGAUACUUUUGGCGGCAACAAAUUCAUUGAAGCCCACGAGGCCCCGCUUCAUUUAAACUUUAGGACCACCUGGUCGUUUGGUUGAGUUGUGGCAAGUGCCUCACGAGUUUCCCAAAAGAACUACACUCGUGCAUGUCGUCUUUGGAUUGUGAAUUGGGGUGUUCCCUGAUAUCCGGGCAGUAGUAAAUGGUUCUGUGAUGUUGUGUGGACCAUGGCCUGUGGAUUGUCAGAGAGUCUCUCUUGUGGUCUCCUAGGCCAUUCUAGGUAGUAAUUCCUUCAGUGAAGUGUCAAUACUCAUACCUCUACUUUGAUUGAUUCAUCGUGUCAAUUCUUGCCAUGGCCAGUCCGGGGUUCACCUCACCAGGUCCCUCCGGCUCCCCGGGUCCUUUGGUGCCCCAGCUUGAAGCACCCCCUCUUCCGGCUAAUCGCGGACAUGACGCUAUCAAGAGUGAAUGUGAAAGCAGUCUUGAAGGCACGCCAGUGGUGGUUGCGGAGCCUAAUGAACCGUGCUCAUCCGCCGAUGAAUUGUCUCCCUCCAAGAGCUCGAGGAGGGUGGUCUCCAAAUGGAUCAGGCCCAUGCUUUUGAGGCAUUAUCCACCCCUGACGAGUCAGUCGUCUUGGCGCACGCGUCUCUUAUAUGCCGUGCUUUGUCCCAUUCACGGUCAAAUAGCCAGAGUGGUCACCUACCUCCUGCUCUUCGUUUUGAUAGUUUUAGUCUCGUUUUGCUUGCUGGGCCACAUUGGCACGCCUCCCAAUGGGACUGUCUUUUUGCUAUUGGUCCUGGUGACCUUAGGCGCUCUGGUGGGCCAAGCGUUCACGUGGGUUCAUCUACCCCCCCUUUUGGGAAUGCUCAUCACCGGGAUUGUGCUGAAGAAUCUCCCCUUCAUCGAGUUUGAGGAUCGAUGGGCCGUUUGGUCUUCAACGCUCAGAGGCGUGGCUCUAGUCAUAAUUCUCAUGCGUGCGGGAUUAGGAUUGGAUCCGGAGGCUUUAAAAAGACUAAGUGCGUUGGUCUUCCGAUUGGCAUUUUUGCCGUGCUUGGCAGAAACAAGCGUGGUUGCCGUGGCCUCUCAUUUUCUCUUGGGCUUCCCAUGGCUUUGGGGCUUCAUGUUAGGAUUUGUUUUAGCGGCCGUUUCACCUGCUGUGGUCGUACCGUGUCUCUUGCAACUCCAGAAAGAAGGCUAUGGCGUAGCCAAAGGCAUACCUACCUUGGUUAUGGCUGCGGCCAGUGUUGACGACGUCUUAGCCAUUUCUGGUUUCACAAUUGUUCUUGGCAUCACCUUUUCGCCGGAUGCUUCGCUGGUUCAGCUGGCAUUUCAGGGACCUUUGGAAGCUGCCAUUGGCGUGGCGAGUGGAAUAGUUGGUGGACUGGUGGUAAUCUUUUUACCGCAUCAAGCUAUGGACAGCUACGGAUUAGCUCGUUUUUCAUUACUUGUGGGCGGAUGUUUGGUUUGUCUAUUUGGAAGCAAAUUGGUUCACUUUCCGGGAGCUGGGGCCUUAGCGGUCCUCGUCAUGUCUUUUGUCGCCGGUUUUGGGUGGCGGAAGCAGGGUUGGUCCGAUGACAACCUCGUGUCCAAAUACUUGUCUCAUCUCUGGAUGAUUUUCCAACCGCUUCUAUUUGGAUUAAUUGGAACAGAAAUCAAGGUUGGAGAAAUUGAUCAAUCUACUAUUGGUUUGGGCUUGGCAGUCGUGCUGAUAAGCUUGACCGUCCGAGUAAUAGUUUCAUUUCUCUCUGUGACGGAUCGUAAACUCAAUUUGAGGGAAAGGGUGUUCAUAGCACUUGCCUGGAUCCCCAAAGCCACGGUCCAAGCCGCUAUUGGACCAGUGGCAUACGAUACCGCGUUAAAUCUUGAACCACGACGCAGCGAUUACAUCGACCUUGGGCAUCAGCUACUCACUAUAGCAGUGCUGGUUAUCUUGGUGACGGCCCCAAUUGGCGCCAUUGCUAUAAUGACAACAGCCCCACGUCUUUUAACAAAGCAAGGAAAACCACCUUCCAGCGCUUAACGUGUCUGAAAUUUAUUGCUUGAAAUCAACCUGAUGUGAAACAAGAAACUUAAUUUCAGUGCUAUCGGGGCAUAUUUGUUGUAUCAACAUGAUUUGUGCACAUAUGCUGUCUUUAUGCCGGAUAAUGUAAUGACGAGGAUAAAUUGAGCUAUUUUCAACUCCAA